AUGAGUAAAAGACAAAUUGAAAGUGAUUCAGAUAUAGAUGUCAGUUCAAGUGAUGAAUCAGAUAAUGAACAACAACUUACAGAACAGAUUGAUGAAGAAUUGAUUAAUGUUGAUUUUGAUUUUUUUGAUUUAAAUCCAGAAAUUGAUUUUCACGCAACUAAGAAUUUCCUUAGACAAUUAUUUGGUGAUGAUUAUAAUGAAUUUAAUCUCAGUGAAAUUACUGAUUUAAUAUUGACUAAAAAUUCAAUUGGAACUUCUAUCAAAACUGAUGGUAUAAAUUCUGAUCCAUUUGCUUUAUUAAGUGUUAUAAAUCUAUCAAAUAAUUUAGAUAAAUCAUGUAUAAAAACAUUGAUAAGUUAUUUGGUCAAAAAAACUAAUAAUAAACUUGAAUUUAAUAUAUUAUUAAAAAAAUUAUUCACUAAAAGUAAUGAGAAAAAGAUUGGUUUAAUAAUAAGUGAAAGAUUAAUCAAUAUGCCAGUUGAAGUGGUGCCUCCUAUGUAUAAUAUGUUAAUUGAAGAAAUGUCAAAAGCAAAAGACUCACAUGAAAAAUAUGAAUUUGAUUAUUUUUUAAUUAUAUCAAGAGUUUAUAAAUUAGUAGAUGCAAAAGAAACCGUUGAACAAGAUCAAAAUAGUAAAAAGAAAAAGAAAAUAGAAGAAAAAGUUGUUGAAAUGGAUUAUUUUCAUUUAGAAGAUGAAAUAUUAGAAAAACUUGCUAAAUAUCAUCAAGUAUAUGAUUAUGAUAAUGAAAAUAAACAAGAAAGUGAUUCAAGAAGAGUAUUUAAUGAUUAUGGAAUAGAACCAAAGUUGAGUUUAAUACUAAUUGAUAAAGAUAACUUGGCAAAAAGUGUUCUAGAAAUGAGUGAAACCUUCCCAGCACCAUAA